UGUGUCCGAGGCUCGCAAUCGUUGUUAUUACCGACAAUCUUGCAUCUUGGCGAACGGGAAGAGGUUAGGUCGGAAGGUCAACGUUUGGUAUACCCCCCUUGGAACCUCUAUUGUAGCGCUGUUCAAUUCAGACGGGACAGAGGCUUUGCGACCAUUACGACUCAUGCGACGCUUGCUAUCGUUUUAUCCUUCCACCGACACACCCUUGAAAUAAAUACACACGGUCUCGUCACUCUCAUUAGCAACAUCAACACUGGAGUAAACCUCUACGCGCCUAACGCUAUCCCCCGCGUGUCCACCUUUUCCCACACAAUGUCUACGAAGCGAAAGCGUGCCGCAUUGAGUGAUCCUUCACCUGCUCCAAUCGAAAGUCGUUCAAUACGAAGUGUUACACCUGGCGCAACACCGGAACCAGGGCAGAGAUCGAAGAAGGCAAGAAUGGGAAACAAGAUCGAUCAUGAAGCGAGUGUGGAUGGCGCUUUAGUUGCAAAUGGAUCAGACAUUCAGGGUAUCUGUAGACGCUUAUUUGAUGUCGUUCGAUAUUAUAAAGACGACAGCGGAAGACUGUUAGCCGAACCAUACCUUCAGCUUCCUCCACGAACUCAAUUUCCGGAUUAUGACGAGGUUAUCGCAAAGCCAAUCGCCAUGAAUAGCAUACAGGCUAGGUUGGACCAUAACAAGUACAAGUCCAUCCAGUCAUUUCGAACAGACGUUGAACUCGUGUUUGAAAAUGCCAAAAAGUAUAACCAACCUCAGUCAAGGAUAUACAAGGACGCUGUUUUUCUGCUGCAGCGAUUCAGAACUGAGCUGGAGAACGUCAAAGAAGAGGGGUUAAUUGAUGAGCUACAACAGGUAGCUGAAGGAAAGGAAAACGCUGGCAGAAAGAACAUGAAAAGUACCGCAAAGAAGGCCCAUUCGGGAAAAGCAGAUCUUGAUGCACUAAUCUCGGCCAUUGAAAUGGAUGACUUGAAAACCGUUAAAGGACUUCUAGCCAAAGGUCUCGAUGUAAACACGCUCACUGAAGCAAACCUAUUUGGUGCAAAAUUCACCUGGGCGCCAUUACACGCUGCCGCCUAUUUUGGACGGUGUGACAUUGCCACGCAAUUGAUCGACCAUGGUGCUGAUGUCGAGCUCUCAGAUACGUGGUAUCAAUCAAAACCGCUUGGGUGGGCAGCAUAUGGGGGAAAUCUAGAAAUGUGCCAGCUACUGGUGGAAAGUUACAACGCCGACACAGAGUUUGAGAAUAUUGGGGGACAAACAGCAUUCGAUAUGGUGGCUGAUCCAGAUGUGCCGGGAUGGACAAAGCUUUUGUCAAAGACCAGUAAAACAAAUGGUACAGCGCAUAACAAAGUCAUCGAGGAGGAUGCGGAGGAUUCUUCUGUCAGUGAUGUGCAAAAGAAGAGUCGUAAGGGGGCGCUCCCUGCCGUCCGAUUGGUGCUGCAGUCCGAUCAUCCCUCUGAACAGCAGUCUGAGAUACCGGACGCGACCAAAGUGAAGAUCAAGAUUCCACCUGCUCGUUCCAACGUGAAUGCCGAGCAAGAAGUGAUUUCCAAAGUUGAAGAAGUAAAACAGAAAAGACUCGUCAAUGGACAGGAGAGGAUAGGCGACCCAGAAUCAUUUAUCGAUGUUGAAGCCAUUUCAUCUGGAGACGAAGGAGAAGGGAACAAUGCAAAUAGUAAAGCUCCUUCGACAACAGCCACGACCCCCACGUCCUCAAACCGUCCAGAAGCAGCAUCCAACGCCACACCUGCCCGUUCCCUCGUCACAUCUCUUGGCAUCGUCUCAAAUGACGAUCAUAUCCGAAUGAUCCUCCCGAUCCCCACUCCAACCCAAACCUCCCACGCCAUGACGGUCCCACAACAAGUCCGCUCUCUAAACCUUCGGCUUCUCCUAUUAUCGUCUAACCAAGUAUCAUAUACCAUUACAGGAACGCAAACGAUGCUUCCAGGUGACCGCGGAAUGAGAACCAAGACGUUGGCGUUCAAAAUGGGGGGCGCAACGGUGUUUGACUGUCUGGUGGGGUUGGAGAAUGGAGUAAACGCAUUCGAAUUUGUUGUUCUUGGAGGGUUGAAUCAGGGCGGAAUGGUGUCGCAAAAGGUUUCUUUAUUUAUGAACAGAGUGUAAUUACUGGGAAUAGAUGCAAAGAAACUCAUCGCCAUGGCGGUGCCCUGGCAAUGUAAAUUCAUAUGUGCUUUAUUGUAAUAAUUCUGACUCAUGUCCUACAUGGGUGCAAUAAUCUACGCUGCCUUCUU